AUGCCUGGCAGCAACUCACAGCCCUCGAGGAGCAGGCCAGCGCCAAGGAUGAACCCUCUGUGGUACACCUACGCCUCAGCCACCCUCCUUGCCGCUGCCGUCCUGGGCAACAUCUUGAGAUGGUCUUUUCUCGAAUGGCAAGAUCCCUACCACUGCUCAGCAAUGCUCAACACUGGAAAAUGGCUGGAUCCCGGCACGUAUACCAACUGGCAACCAGAAGGGUGCUUUCAACAACCACUUUCCGCACAAUCUUGGCAGCAAUGCCUUGCAUCAUCCGCCCUCUAUACUCAAUCAUCUCUUCGUGACUCGUACAGUGAGAAGCGUACCGCCCUGUUUGUCGGCGAUUCGACAGUCAGGCAGCUGUAUUUUGCAGCAGCCCGGAAGAUCGGAAAGACGUCCAAGGCUUGGGAGUCGGAGGGAGAGAAGCAUACAGACAGGACGUUACUUGUAGCUGACCCAUCCGGAGGUCCGUCCUUGGAGCUAGAUUUCUGGUGGGAUCCAUACCUCAAUUCGACCAAGACGACGAGUCUUAUUGGCAGCGGCCAUACCGAUCCGACAUCCUUGCUGGUCAUGGGGUCUGGACUAUGGUACCUCCGCAACCCGUCAUCCGGCGGUCUCGCUGCCUGGGGAGGCAUGAUUCAUGAUACGUUUGAACAUCUCAAACUGAAUCAGGGAUCUCCUCGCACUGCACUGUUAAACCCGUGGGAUGAUAAGCUAUUAGGGUCAGGAGUCACCCUUCCGGGACUGCUACCCAACCCAAAGGUCGCUGAUCAUGGCAGAGAUUUUGAAAGAGAUGUCGAUGCGAGGGCCUUUCCUCCAAGCUCGUCUGGCGCUUCCGACUUUUCAAUCUCGGACGCCAUCGUCGUCCUCCCCAUCCCCAUACCGGUGCAAGCGAGGCUCUCUGCGUCGCGAGCGGAGAGCAUCUUCCACACUGAUGUCGAAGCCAUGAACGCCGAUCUCUACGCUCGUCUCACCCAUCCCGACCCGCCUCCCAUCAUCAUCCCAUCCGUAUUCAACCAGCUUUUGGUCGAUGAGGAAACCGAGGAUGGCCUUCAUUUCUCAGACAGGAUCAUGAACAAGCAGGCAGAGUUGCUUUUGGGGUGGAGGUGUAACGAUGUGAUGAGGGAUGAAGGGGCAACCGGCACUUGUUGCAAGAGAUAUGACUGGGUGACUCCCAUUCAGGGACUUAUCCUAGUCAUUAUGGUGCUAUAUGCUCCGCUGAGUAUUCUUCUUGCCCCGAGACUUCACCCCAAGUCUCCCAUCCACAACUACCUUCCAUCAGCCAACACUGCCCCCGCCCUCAGUACCUUUGGCCUCGCCAUGGGCUACCUCUUCCUCGCGGACCGCACCCACGUCUUCCAGAAGGAACAGAAGGACUUUGAUGCUUGGGUAUUUGGGGUGAUCACGUUGAUUGCAUUGAUUGUCGGUUUGGGGACACUAAAGAACAGUGGAAAAGACUUGGGCUUUUUGAACCGUGACAUUACGGAUGAGUGGAAGGGGUGGAUGCAAAUUGCCAUUCUGAUAUACCACUUUUUUGGUGCUUCCAAGAUUUCGGGAAUAUACAACCCCAUUAGAGUUUUGGUUGCCUCCUACCUGUUUAUGACUGGAUACGGACAUUUCUUCUUCUAUUACAAAAAAGCCAACUUUGGCUUCCAACGAGUAGCGAUGGUUCUCGUCCGCCUCAACCUCCUUUCCGUGGUCCUCCCCUACACCAUGAACACCGACUACGUCUUCUACUACUUUGCCCCCCUGGUCUCCUGGUGGUACAUGAUCAUCUACACCACCAUGAGCAUCGGCUCCAAGUACAACGAGCGCCCCGCAUUCCUGCUUUCCAAGCUAUUUGCUUGUGCGGGCGCGGUGACGCUGUUCAUGCACUACACUUCGCUCAUGGGGAGCGUGUUUCAAGUGCUGAACGCCGUCUUUAAAAUCGAAUGGUCGGCAAAGGAGUGGAGUUUCCGAGUCACACUCGACCUGUUUAUCGUUUGGGCAGGCAUGCUCUGUGCCUACGCCUAUAUCAAAUUCAAAGAGUAUCAGCUGGCCGACCGGCCUUGGUUCAACAAUGCUCGCGCGGGCGUUCUCGCCGGUAGCGCGUUGAGCAUGGUUUGGUAUUUCUGGUUUGAACUGCAUCUUGCCAACAAGUUUGUGUACAAUGGGUACCACCCGGUGGUAUGUGUUGUGCCCAUUCUGGCCUUUGUAUUUUUACGGAAUGCCUCCCCGACACUGCGGUCUUGCACCAGCACCGUCUUUUGCUUUAUCGGACAAUGCUCGUUGGAGACGUUCAUCCUGCAGUUCCACGGCUGGCUGGCUUCAGAUACCAAAGCCAUUCUCCUCGUGGUGCCUACUACCAAAUGGCGACCUGUCAAUCUUGUCGUCUCCACGGUAUGCUUCAUAUGGCUCAGUUACCGCGUCUCGGGUGCGACCGGCGAGAUCACCGAAUGGCUGAUAGGCAAGAAGAAGAGCCUGCCCCCUCCGGCGACUGCGAGUGGGCCAGGGCCGUCGAGCGGCCAAGCGGGGCCGAGUACAGCGACGGAAGCGGUGGAGGCUAUUGUAGAAGGUCCGAUUGACGGGGCGAAGGGUGGCGUGCCGGAGAGUAUACCGAUGAUGAACCAUCCGAAGGGGGAGUCGGGAGAUCGGGGAGAGCAGGUGCUGGAAAGUAGAAGGGAGAGUUGGCCUCAUUGGAUGGCAGCCACAGCCGCCUCCCUAUCCAACCGGACGGCGGAGGGCUAUGCGCCAUCGGAUCGAGCGUGGAAAGACCAGACUGUUUUGAGCGUCGCGAGGAAUAUAGGGGAUCUGGCGCAGAGACAUACAUCGGUCAAGUUGGGGCUGGUCAUUUUGGGGCUUUGGGUAUUGAACUGGGUGUAUUAG